AUGAACCCUACAUUUUCCGGUCACCAAUUUCCGGCGGCGGCGAAGAAAGAAGAGUUCGAAGAAGGGUCUCUGUCGAUGGGUCUGAUUCCGGUUCCGGCGUCGGCGAAACCGGUGGUGAAGCAGCGGUCGUCGACGAAGGACCGCCACACGAAGGUGGAGGGCCGCGGCCGGAGGGUUCGAAUGCCGGCGGCCUGUGCGGCCCGGGUUUUCCAGCUGACCCGAGAAUUGGGUCACAAGACCGACGGAGAAACCAUCCGGUGGCUUCUCGAGCACGCCGAGCCGGCGAUAAUUGCAGCCACUGGUACCGGAACAGUCCCCGCUAUCGCAGUCUCCGUCGGCGGCGCGCUGAAGAUUCCGACGAGUUCGCUGGCGAAUCCGAAUGGAGAGGUCUCUGAGCUUCCCAGGAAGAAGAGGAGGCUACAUUGCAAUAGUGAAUUUGUUGAUGUGGAGGAUUUGAGCUCGAUUUCGAGUGGGUUGGCGCCGAUGGCGACGGUUAAUUACGGCGGCAUUGGUGGUGGUGGUGGUGGGGGUUUGGUGCCUAUGUGGCAAUUCGGGGCCAAUGUGCCGGCUGUGCCGUUUUUAAUGUUCCCAAACUCUGGUUGGGCUAUUCCUUCGGAUUCAGUUUCGGGGCAGACGAUGUUCAAUCUGCAAGGGAGGCCAAUGUCGAACUUCCCUGUCACAGCAUUGCAAUCUGGGGUUGAAGUUCAUAGUUGUGGCGAUGUGCAGGCCACUUCUGGUUCGAUUUUGAGUGGUGGUGGGAGCUGUUCGACUAGUUUGGGAGUUAGUAAUAGUAAUGCGGUUACUAGUAGUGACACUAGUGCUACUACAGCUGCUCCGAUGAGUCAUACUCAGUUGCUAAGGGACUUGUCUUUGGAUACUUUGGAUAAGAGGGAGCUUCAGUUCUUGGGUGAUCUGUGUGGAAAUUCACAAGCUCAAUACUCAAGGCCUUGA